AUGAAACCACACUCCCUCGCCAUCUUCUCCGCAUUACUAGCCCAAGGUGUAAUCGCACAAACAUGCCGCUUCCCCAACGGCACCGCCCUCGUAGACACCUGGCCCGGCACCGGCUACCAAGACUUCGCACCCUGCGCUACCCCCUCGACCAUGUGCUGUGCGCUCAGCCGCGACAACCCGCCCGACGGCGACGUCUCACGCGGAUUCACGCAGGACAUAUGCCUUCCGAGCGGGUUGUGCGAGAACAGGAAUACGGAGAAUGGGAUACGGGGCGUUACAUGGGGGAUUUGA